AGCAGCUCGGUGUACCGCACGCGACCCAGCCACACCAACCGAACAGCAGGCCCUGCCCUAGGCGCUUGAUACCGCAAUGCACAGCGUAUGAGAAAAAAGAUGUGUCCUGGUUGACCAUCCUAAUUUGGAAAUCUGAAAUCUGCAAUGCUACAAAAUCUUGAACUUUUUGAGCCACAGCAUUCCAAAAGUGGAAAAUUUCACACCUGACCUCUUGGGACAGAUUGCAGUCAAAAUGUAGGUGUAUAACACACAAUUUAUUCACUGACAUUGAGGGACAAAAGAUCUUCCUAUCUGCUUUCAACUGUGAUAUAUGUUUUAUAUACAUGCCCGGAUUCCUCCAUGCAAGCACACCCACAGAGGGUAAUAAAAUGGCGCGUGUGCAGGCUGUAUGUGCUAACAGCAGCCCAAGGCCUAUGUGCAUUAACUCACUGUGUUAUUUUGCUUAUUUUAUGUUUUGAGAUGUAAAGAUAUUGUUGAAAAUGUUGAAAAGGCCUGCAGAUCCCCCUAUAGAUAACAAUGAUAAGAAAAAGAGGAAGCAUUUAUGUUUAUCUAUAGCCCAGAAAGUAAAGCUGUUAGAGAAACUAGACAGUGGUGUAAGUGUGAAGCAUCUUACAGAAGAGUAUGGUGUUGGAAUGACUACCAUAUAUGACCUGAAGAAACAGAAGCAUAAACUGCUGAAGUUCUAUGCUGAAAGUGAGGAACAAAAGUUAAUGAAAAAUAGGAAAACAUUGCAUAAGGCUAAAAAUGAAGCUCUCGAUCGUGUAUUGAAAGAGUGGAUCCGGCAGCAACGCAGUGAACACAAGCCUCUUAAUGGUAUGCUGAUAAUGAAACAAGCAAAGAUCUAUCACAAUGAACUGAAAAUUGAAGGGAACUGUACAUAUUCAACAGGCUGGUUGCAGAAAUUUAAGAAAAGACAUGGCAUUAAGUUUUUAAAGAUUUGUGGUGAUAAAGCUUCUGAUUGUGCCACAGAGAGAUUCAUUAAUGAGUUCAGUGAUGAUGAACAAGGUGGUGACUUUGAAAAAUUCUGUAUGUCAAAUGAGAAAAAGUCUGACCUAACACGUGCAAAAAAUAUACAUUCAGAGUCUGUCAAUGAGGUGGAAAAGGUGGAUAUCAAAGAAGUUUUUAACAUAGAUAAUGCAGCUCCAGUUGUUCCCUCAUUGACUUAUGGUAAAAUGGUUCUGAAUCAAGGUGAUUAUGAUGAUAAAGAUGGUGUUAACACUACAGAAAAAUUGCCUAUAGGUGCCAUGGUGAAAAUGUGUGAUGGACUUCUUGAAGGACUAGAACAGCAUGCAUUCAUAACAAAACAAGAAAUCAUGUCAGUCUAUAAAAUCAAAGAGAGACUUCUUAGACAGAAAUCACUGUUAAUGAGGCAGAUGACUCUGGAAGGAACAUUGGAAAAAACUGUCCAGCAGAAUGCCGCCUCAUCCCUAGAAGACCCACUUCCUGGUCCCUCAAGUGCUUUUGAUGUUUCUUCUCACAAACAAUAAAUAAAAUGCA